AUGAUUGAUUUUAUGGAAUAUGGACUACGCAAAUAUUACCAAACUAUUGGUUGGAAUGAAGACAAAUACUAUACAAAUCUUGAUGCUGGACCUAAUAGAAUCUUGGUCUUUCCCAUUCCAAUCGGACUCAACUUUGCUCUUGGAAAGCGGAUAUCUCCUGUAUUCAAGAGUGCUUACUGUAUUAGCAUUCCAGAAGGUCGUUCAGCUGCAUUCAUGUAUACAUCAGUGCCAGUAGAUCUGCCUGUGCUACCAGUUCACGAGUAUUAUUCCACUAUUGUACCGUCACCCAAAUCGUACUUUCCAUUCAUGCAUAAAACUAUCGAAACAGACAAAGCAAAUAAUGAAUCGAUUAGUACUCCUGUUUCAAACUCAAACUCAUACAUUUUGUUUGGACGUUUGUUUGAGGAUUUGCAUUUGGAAGGAUUGUAUAGUCAACUAUUGAGUCCACAGAUUCUCUUGACUGCAUCUACGCUUAGUGAAUUCAAAUGGAAAAGCGAUUUGGAAAAAGACGAUUUUAAUGCAAAUCAAUGCCCAGCUUGUGUGUACUAUACCGCCAAGGAAAACAGUGGUGGAUGCAAGUAUUCAAAAGUUUAUUGUAUUGCGUUUUUAGAUACACAUGUUAAUCUAGUCACAUUUAUCCAUCUAGUUUCGCUUGGAGCGCGAUACAAGAAGCAAUAUCAAGAAGGUGUGGAAUCCAUACUAACUCUUGUAGCCAAUCCUAUCAUGGGCCAUCUAAACUCGGCAUAUUCUACUACAGUACUCAAGGAUAUGCAAAUGGCUACAAGAUACAGCUUCAACAUGUAUAGUUUUAAUGCAGAUGUGAGUGUGGGAAUAGAAUAUGCACCGGUUGGGCGAAAUCAAGUUCUCAAAGCCCGAUUGAGUCUUGAAGAGGGAGUAGCGUUGAGGUUUGAUGGAAGGUUCAAGGAUAUAAUGUACAGUAUUGGCAUGAGUACGGGUUUUGGGCCGGAUUCAAAGCAGUUUUUUGGUGUACAGAUUCAAUUAUGA